AUGCGAGCGAGCGCCAUCCGGAACUUGCGGCAAGAAGGGGUGUUCACCAGCACCUCUGACAACUGGGAUCUCCUGACUGUCGAGAUGCACGCCAUGCCCCGGUUCGCUGGCCUGUCAAAAUCAGACACCACACCACACACACGCGCAGACUUUCAGACGGGAGGUGAGGUGAAGAAAUUUGGUGUUCUUGGCGGGAAUGGGACGCAGGAUCCGAGAAAGUUAGGCGUCUUUUCGGAUGGAAGUUUUUUUUGGUGGUGGGCUGGCAGGUAG